GCAAAAAGUCGUGCCAGCGGUCGGACGCAUUUUGGACCGGUUAACGAGGUCGACGUGUUCAGCUAACGCGAAUUAUUACUGGCUAAAUAUUUCAACCCAGCAAGCAUUUGAAAAUCAAACAAAAAAAAAAUCAAACAAAACUGACAAGAGUUCAAUCAAAAUGACAUUUCAACGCAAAAUCCUAAGUGCAACAACAGACCGCGCUUGCAAAAACUGUCCGCGGUCCCUCAACCCAAACCACUAAUUGAAUCGUGUCAAAACAGAUAAGAUCCGGAAAGUGAAUGCGAGUCGCGGAGCCAUGUUAGCAUGGCGAACUCCGGCAAGAACGAGACUGGCAAUGGAGCCGGUAGCGGUGGCCACAAUCACGCCCAGAACGGACGCAACGGACAUGGCCAGGAGCAGCGUCACAAUCCCACCACCAACCGUGCCACCUUCGAUGCGAGGAGCCUGUGGCCCAGCCUGCAGGCUUGGGUUGGCAACGGUGUCCGGCAGAUGAGGACGCAGGUGAUGCGCCGAACAGCCACCACAGGACCCACGCGAUCGGAGGGAGGUCUGGCUGGCGGCGAGGAUAGACAACAGCCCAGUGAAGGGCGUUCGGAGGACACAGCGGGUCCAUCAAGGAGUACCGCCACUGGUAUCACGGUGACGGAUGGCGGGAUUCAGCACCAACGACUGACAGAUGCCACAGGAGGGGGCAGUAGGCUCUCCAUGAAAAAUAUCCUCAACAACCUGCGAAGGAGAAAAAAGAAAGACGAUGAGGACUUCACCUCGUCGGCCGGCUACGAUGCGGAUGAGGGGGAGAGGCGUAUCAUACACCUAAAUGCGCCACAGACCUCUAAGUACUGCAAUAAUCGCAUUACGACGGCAAAAUAUAGUAUCAUCAGCUUUCUGCCCGCCUUUCUGUUUGAGCAGUUCCGGCGCUAUUCCAACUGCUUUUUCCUCCUGAUUGCCAUACUGCAGCAAAUCCCGGAAGUGUCGCCCACGGGUCGUUACACCACGCUAGUCCCGCUCAUGUUUAUCCUCUCGGUGAGCGCCAUCAAGGAGAUAAUCGAGGACAUUAAACGACAUCGGGCGGACAAUGAGAUCAAUCACAGAUUGAUCGAGCGGCUGGACAGUGGCACUUGGACCACUGUUCGCUGGGCAGAGCUCACCGUGGGGGAUAUCAUAAAGGUCACCAUCAAUUCCUUUUUCCCUGCCGAUCUGAUUAUUCUCUCGUCUAGUGAGCCGCAGGCCAUGUGCUUCAUCGAGACAGCCAAUCUGGAUGGCGAGACCAACCUGAAGAUCCGACAGGGACUGACAGGCACUGCAGGCCUACUGGAGACGAAGGAUCUGAUGCGUUUACAGGGCAGGAUUGAGUGCGAGCUGCCCAACCGGCAUUUAUACGAAUUCAAUGGGGUGCUCAAGGAGACCGGCAAGCAAACCGCCGCCUUGGGCAACGAUCAGGUACUGCAGCGCGGCGCCAUGCUCCGGAACACGGCUUGGAUCUUUGGGGUCGUUGUCUACUCCGGUCAGGAGACAAAGCUGAUGAAGAACUCUACCUCGGCGCCGUUGAAGCGCUCCACCGUGGACAAGCUGACCAAUACACAGAUCCUGAUGCUGUUCAUGAUCCUUAUCUCACUGUGCAUCACCAGCGGCCUGUGCAAUUUGUUCUGGACGCGAGAGCACUCGGAGACGGACUGGUAUUUGGGUCUCGUGGACUUCAAAAGCCUGAGCCUCGGCUACAACCUGCUGACCUUCUUCAUUCUGUACAACAACCUGAUACCCAUCUCGCUCCAGGUCACCCUCGAGCUGGUGCGUUUCCUGCAGGCCAUAUUCAUCAACUAUGACAUUGAGAUGUAUCACGAGCAGUCGAACACGCCGGCCAUGGCCCGGACCUCGAACCUGAACGAGGAACUGGGCAUGGUGAAGUACAUCUUCUCGGACAAGACGGGCACUCUCACCCAAAACGUGAUGGAGUUCAAGAAGUGCUCCAUUGCCGGCAUAGCUUACUCCCCGGAGCACACGCCGGAGCAGUCGCAGCUGGUGCAGAACAUUCUGAGUCGUCACCAAACGGCCGGCGUAAUUGAAGAGUUUCUGGUCCUGCUGUCCGUCUGCCAUACGGUGAUUCCUGAGCGAAGGGAGAACGGGACCAUCAUCUACCAUGCCGCCAGUCCGGAUGAGCGAGCUCUGGUUGAGGGUGCCCAUAAGUUUGGCUACAUCUUCGAUACCCGUACGCCCGAGUACGUGGAGAUCAAUGCGCUGGGCGUACGCAAGCGAUACGAGGUGCUGAAUGUCCUGGAGUUCACCUCGUCACGCAAGCGCAUGUCGCUUAUUGUGCGCACACCCGAGGGCAAGAUCAAGCUGUUCUGCAAGGGAGCAGAUACCGUGAUAUACGAGCGGCUGGCACCUCAGGGUCAGGCGUUCCGGGAGGAGACACUGCGCCAUCUCGAGGAGUUCGCUUCGGAUGGCCUGAGGACGCUCUGCCUGGCGGUGGCCGACAUUCGGCCGGAUGUCUAUGAGGAGUGGCGCGAGACUAAUCACAGGGCCUCGACAUCAUUGCAGAAUCGCGAAAGCAAACUGGAAGAUGCGGCCAAUCUGAUUGAGAUCAAUCUACGUCUGCUGGGCGCCACAGCCAUUGAAGAUCGGUUGCAGGAUGGCGUGCCGGAGACCAUAGCCGCGCUCCUAGAUGCCGGCAUUUUCAUUUGGGUGCUCACCGGGGACAAGCAGGAGACGGCCAUUAACAUUGGCUACUCCUGCCGUCUGAUCAGUCACUCCAUGGACAUCCUAAUCCUCAACGAGGAGAGUUUAGAUGCCACCCGCGAAGUCAUCCAUCGACAUUACGGAGAGUUCAAGAGCUCCACGGCCAAGGAUGCCAAUGUGGCUUUGGUCAUUGAUGGCACCACUUUGAAGUACGCUCUGAGCUGCGAUUUGCGCAACGAUUUCCAGGAUCUGUGCCUACUGUGCCGCGUGGUGGUCUGCUGCCGCGUCUCCCCAAUGCAGAAGGCGGAGGUGGUUGAGAUGGUCACGCAAAGCACUAAGGCAGUGACCUUGGCCAUUGGCGAUGGCGCCAACGAUGUGGCCAUGAUUCAGAAGGCAAAUGUGGGCAUAGGCAUUUCGGGAGUGGAAGGUCUCCAGGCAGCAUGCGCCUCUGACUACUCCAUUGCCCAGUUCCGGUAUCUGCAGCGCCUGCUCUUGGUGCACGGUGCCUGGAACUAUGCGAGGAUCUCCAAGCUGAUCCUUUACAGCUUCUACAAGAAUGUGUGCCUGUACGUGAUAGAGCUGUGGUUCGCUGUCUAUUCGGGCUGGUCGGGCCAGAUUCUGUUCGAGCGCUGGACCAUUGGUCUGUACAAUGUGCUCUUUACGGCCAUGCCGCCGUUUGCAAUGGGUUUGUUUGAGAAAUUCUGCACGGCGGAGACAAUGCUGCGCUAUCCAAUGCUGUACAAGACCUCGCAGAAUGCCAAGCUCUUCAAUGUGAAGGUCUUUUGGAUUUGGAUAUUCAAUGCCCUGCUGCACUCGGUGUUUCUCUUCUGGCUGCCAAUGGCCGCCUACACAAGCGAGGUGAUCUGGAAGGAUGGCAAGACCAGCGACUACCUGUUGCUGGGCAAUCUAGUAUACACGUAUGUUGUGGUGACAGUGUGCCUGAAGGCCGGUCUCAUCACCAACUCUUGGACCUGGCUAACGCACCUGGCCAUCUGGGGCUCCAUAGUUCUCUGGUUCACCUUCCUGCUGAUCUACAGCCAUGUCUGGCCCACGUUUAAGUUUGCCAGCAAUUUCCGGGGCAUGGAUAUUCAGCUGCUGUCGACGCCCAUAUUUUACUUUGGUCUACUGCUAGUGCCCAUCACCACGCUCUUGGUGGAUGUAAUCUGUAAAUUGGUGCACAACACCGUUUUCAAGACACUAACGGAGGCUGUUCGCGAGACGGAGAUCCGACGCAGCGACAUCUCCGAAGUGAUGAAUGAGCCGCGAUCUUCUGAUUCUGGUUACGGAUAUACCUUCGGCAAGCUAUUAAAUUCCAACAAGGCUCUGAUCAGUCCGCGGCAGCUCCGCAAGAAGGUCAGCCAACUGGCUCGCCCCGUUGAGGAAACGAAUCUGAGGGUGGUGAAUCUGGAGCUGGAGAUGGACACCGAGGAGCAGCAGCGGACAAGGCAGCGCCAAAAGUGGCGGGGCGGUAUGUGGCCCCAAGUGGAGGACCGAUAUUUGACCAGGGUCAGGAGGGCCUCCUCGCCCAACCAGGCCACACUCCAUAUGUGAGCAAAGGCCAUGGAAAAUCAAAUUAUUUUUCCUUAGUGUUUAAAACCUGAUAUCUGAUAAGUGAGCAUUAUAUAUACAUAUAUUUUAUUGUAAUGAGCAUGUGGAGCGGGAGACUAUUGCCCGCUUUGCCCGCGCAUCAUCGAGAGUAGCUGCUAAGAACUGUUGAAAUCAUAUCGCCACGUGCAGACCUAGAUUCAUGUGUAUAUGCUUAAACUAUUUUUACAUCGCCUACAACUUCUAUUUGCCAACUGUGAUAGUGUCUAAGAAGCCAGAGCCGUAGGAUAGACACGGUAGGAUAGGCCAAUUAAUCAGGGAAUGCAUAUCAUUCCCAUAUAACAUAUAAUUAUUAUGAUUGUACCUUAACUACGUUAAACUUUAAAGAGACUUGCCAGGUUGUAAAAGAGAGUUAACGAACCCCCCCUUCGGGGGGGAGUGUUCCCAGUCACGAAUGUUUAGUAUCCUUAACCAACCGAUAUACAUAUUCAUCCCAACGUUAUUGGAAUGUGAUGAUGGUACUUACCCCGAUGAUAUGUAUGUAUCAGUUUUGAAUAUAUGUAUACAUAUGUAUCCCGCACCGUCCACCACAGCUCGCAUGCAAUUUGAAAUCGGCCAAUGAUAUAUAUAUACUAUAUCUAUACUAACUAUAACUAUGGCUGCUAAUCUGAUCUGAUCCGAUCCGAUCCGCUCUGCACUUAUGUUCUAUGUAUAUUACUCUUUAUUUUCUGUAUUACGUAUUACUGGACACCCAACAAAGCGACUUAACCAAUCACACACACCCAACACCCAACACCUAAAACCAACUCGCAGUACCCAAAAUAACACACUCAACAAAUAACUAAUCAAUAUAUAAUUUAAUAAAAAGUCAAGAGUCAACAGCAAAA